CUUGUUUCCACUCGGCUGAUUUUUGGUGUCGAAUCAGAGAAGAACGAGAGAGGAAGGAGGAGGAGAGAAAGACAACAGAUGAACAGAUUAAACCAGGUUAACAACCAAAUUAAUAAACAGAUAAACCAGCAGGUUAAUUAGCAGGUUAACAGAUAACCAGGAGGCAGUGGAUAUUUGUUGUUUGAGGAGAAACAGAUGGAGUCUGAAGAAAAUCUGCUCAAUGCUUUUCUGCUGCUGCUGCUCCUCGGAUCACAAUUUACCCUGGUGGGUCCUUCAGCCCCUGAGGAGGGCUGGCAGGUGUAUAGUUCAGCUCAGGACUCUGAAGGUCGAUGUGUUUGUACGGUGGUUGCUCCUCAGCAGACGGUCUGUUCCAGAGAUGCUCGAACCAAACAGCUCAGACAGCUGCUGGAAAAGGUGCAGAACAUGAGUCAGUCCAUCGAGGUCCUGGACCAGCGGACUCAGAGAGAUCUUCAGUUUGUGGAGAAAAUGGAAGUUCAGCUGAAAAGUCUGGAAAACAAAUUCAAACUGGUGGAGGACGGACACGAGACCAACAUCGCCAGACAGUACAAGUCUAUCAAGGCAAAGAUGGAGGAGCUGCGUCCUCUGAUCCCAGUCCUGGAGACCUACAAGGCCGAUGCUCUGCUGGUCCGACAGUUUAAGGAGGAGGCAGCAAAUGUGACGGAGCUCCUGGGAUCGCUGCAGGAACAACUGGGAGGACUGGACUACCAGGACCUGCACAGCCGAGUGAUGAGCCUGGAGGACCGACUGAGGGCCUGCAUGCAGAGGCUGGCCUGUGGGAAACUGACAGGAAUCUCUGAGCCAAUCACCAUCAAGACGUCUGGGUCCAGGUUUGGAUCGUGGAUGACUGACCCACUGGCCCCAGCUGGAGACAACAGAGUGUGGUAUAUGGAUGGUUACCAUAACAACCGCUUUGUUAGGGAGUAUCAGUCGAUGUAUGACUUCAUGACGACAGAUAACUUCACUUCUCACCGCCUGCCUCACCCCUGGUCCGGUACCGGUCAGGUCGUUUAUAAUGGAUCCAUUUACUUCAACAAGUUCCAGAGUCACACCAUCAUCAAGUUUGACUUCAGCACAUCACUCAUCAGCCGCUCCCGACAGCUCGACUUCGCUGGCUACAACAACAUGUACCAUUAUUCCUGGGGGGGGCACUCAGAUAUCGACUUGAUGGUUGAUGAGGGGGGGCUCUGGGCUGUGUACGCCACUAAUCAGAAUGCUGGAAAUAUCGUCCUUAGCCAGUUAAACCCAAACACUCUGCAGAUCAUCCGCAGCUGGACCACAAACCAUCCGAAACGCAGCGCUGGCGAGGCAUUCAUGAUCUGUGGAACGCUUUAUGUUACUAAUGGCUACUCAGGUGGAACCAAAGUGUACUAUGCUUACUCCACUAACUCCUCCACGUAUGAGUACAUCGACAUUCCUCUCACUAAUAAAUACAGCCACCUGUCCAUGCUUGACUACAAUCCUCGAGACAGAGCGCUAUAUGCCUGGAACAAUGGCCACCAGGUCCUUUAUAACGUUACACUCUAUCACAUUAUACAGUAAAACUGAGUUAUAAACACUGUAGAACAUGACAAUGUUACACUCUACCAUAUCGUACACUGAGAUGACUAAAUAUACCCUUUAUAUAAAUCAUGGUCCCUGACUUGUACUGAGUCUGAGUAGAAGAUAUCCGUCAGGUUGAUUUCUGCUCCUCCAGGACAGAGGUAGAUUAGCCUGUCAUCACAAAGACUGAAAGCUAUCUUAGCACCAUCACAAGAAAGUCUACGGUCAACAAAUUCAAGUCUGUCUGUAUGUAACUAGCUAACAGUUCAAAGCUGCGUUCAGUCACUCUGGUUAUUACUCAACACACAGCUCCAGUGCUAACUGCCACUAGACCACAUUUGUUCACCUGUUCAAUAAACAUACAACAUGUUAACAUGUAACAAGACAGAAAUCAAACAGACUUGGAGUUAUUGGACCCUGUGUGUCCAGUCUUUGUGAUGAGCUAGACUAAACACAUCCUGGACAUGGAUCUGGAGCAUGUCCCAAAGUAUUGGACUGUUAACUUUGUUUCUUUACAUGAAUAUAAAGUUACACUUUGACCACUUGUUGUUUUUAGGAUAAUGACUCAAGUUUGAUACAAAUGCACUAGAAAUGUAAAAAAAAACAUGCUGAUACAAUCACAAAGAAAUGACACUUUGUGUUUCACAGUAAGAUCUUUUAAAUAUUAGAUGCUUGACACUGAAGAAUGCUACACAUUUUUAUGAUUAGACUUGUUUUUGUGACAUUUUCUCACUUUGUGAAAUCAGAGCCUCAGUUAUUCUGAAGUAAUAAUAAUAAUCAUUAUGUUUUCUUAUUAUGUAUUAUAUAGCAAUACAAAAUCUCUAUUACAGUCUCUGUCCAAUAAUUCCCUCAGUUUUUAAAUGAGUUAUUGCAGGAUGAGCAGGGCUAACACACUAUAUUUCUCUCCAUCUUUUAAUGUGCAGUUUCAACAGUUUCUGGAGUCAUGAUAGUUAAAUUUUUAUGCCUUCUCCAAACUGCUGGUGUGUUCAUGCUGAGCUAGGAUCCUUCACACAAACAAGCCUCUGAAAUUUUCCAUCUUCAGCUCAGGAGCCUCCAUAACCACCAUUGUCUGGCAGCAGGUCAGUGAGGGUCCACUGGUAAGGGUUGAGGAUACAGGGCUACAGCUGUUUUGUCAAACAGGUUGAAUCCAGUUUGAAAUCAGUGUGAUACAUCAGGUGGAUGUGAAUGAGUUCAGACUGUGCAGGUUCUUUUUUUAAAAGAAAUCCAGCUCAGUGAGGAUUUCAGUGUUGUCCUUCUUUUGUACAAGUAUUUGACAAACCUCUUCACUAUACUAGUCUUUUUAAAGGGAAUCUGCUUGAGUGCUAGAGUUGCUGAGAGUAUUUGAGAGAAUUUUAAGAAUCAAUUGAAUGAUUUUAUUCAAUUUUACUUAAUUCCUGCUUUUCUGGGUUUUGUGUUUCAAAAUGUUUACUGUAUGUGAUGUCUUUGUUCCUAGACAUCCAGAUUUUGGACUCUAGUUUCACACUGGAGUGAAUAAAACCUACAGAAAGAAAACUGCAGGAGUUUUGUUAUUCAACAGACUGCAUGUAAGAUGAAGAAAAAGGAUCACUCAGUCUUUGUAACCAGUAGCCUUAAUAGCUAACAUGGAUUGCAUCACCCAAUCACUAUGUUUACUGUGUAUUUUUUUUUUUGACAAAGUAGAGCCUGCUCUCGAUUAAUAAACGUUACAGCCUGUUG